AUGUCUACUAAACCAAGAAGUACUGAAAGCCAGAGCGAAUCCACAGAUUGCGCGCCUCUGUGGAUCCUUGCGGAGCUUGCUCCUCAAUGUAACGAUUUGAUUUCACAAACCUUGAGCACAAUCCUGGAGCCCGUAGAAUGGAAUCAAAACACUUUACUUCCUAACAACGAAACCAACGACCUGGACUUUAACUUAGACGACCAGUUUGUUUGCACAGAUUUACCCCUGGAUCCUGCGUUAACUCUUCAGAUGGGCUAUGAUGCGAUAUUUGGUUCGGAGCCCCUCCAGCCACAUCCUAAAGAGUUUCUUGGUGAACCCAUGUCGUAUAUCUCCUUCUCUCCGCUCUCUCCCAUGAGCCCAGUGCUAGCACCAACCCCGACCCCGCCCAGCUCUGUCGCGUCCACCAAUAACGCUUUAGGGAAACUGUUUAUCGAUACACGUACCGAAGAAGCAGUAUACUGUAAUAGUGAAGGUGAAAUGGUGGUCGACAAGGAGUUUGUGGGCUUACCUACCUCUCCUAACAACCUGCCUUCAUCCGAGUGUAACAUUGACCCUAUGUUAUGUUUACAGUCUAUGCCCGGUAGUGAACCACCAGACUUUUGGUCACAGUCUAUUGAACAAGCAUUGACCCCACGAAUGAUUCCGGUUACAUUUGCCAAAGCACCGGAAACCCCUGUGCCCUUGGAAACACCCACUGUCAGCUCUUGUCCUAGUUGUCAUUUUCAAACAUUCGUCACAGCUGGGUCCGGAUUGGAACAAAUAAGAGACUAUUUGGUUAUUCCUGAAAAUUCAACCAGAUUCACGCUGGUCUCAAAUAAGAACCUCGCGGAUGUUUUGCCUCGAAACCGUUAUAGCGGGCGCUCCACUACCCGAACACGAUCAGUACUUUCUAACUCUCUAACGCGUAUGCCAGAAAAUGCGUCUGAAAUUCCUAUUGAAACAGAUCUCUGUGAUCAAUUCAUCAAAACUAUUUCUAAAGCUAUCACCCCAGACCCCAGCUCGCAUAUUUCGGGAGUUGACAAACUCGUACUAUGCAAACCCUGGCGGAAGAACGGUAUUCCACAACAACAGCCUCAACCGGCUUCUUCCAUUGUUCAUCCUGGCUUGUUCACUAUAUGUGAGAGCUGGGUUCCCGAAAGUAAACAGCGGCCCUUUUUCCGAUUAACUGACGAACUAGGCUCGGGUGUCAACUUGGAGGAGUUGUCAGUCGCAAUAUCAAUUCUAUCUUCCAGGCCUCCGAGAAGAUACAAUCACUAUGCUGCUUUGUCUUUAGACGAUUCAGGAAAGUAUAUUCCUGCCACCUACUGCCCCUACUUACCAACAGAAUAUUAUAGGCGGUGUAUUGCGCGUGACCCUAAAGAUAUCGAGGAAAUAGGCGGCAAGAAUGGGUUUGUGGAAAAAGUCAAGACUUUCGACCUAUAUCGACCGGCGUUUGUGAAAGGUUGCGGCGCGUCAAAGUAUGGAUGGUGCGACAACUGUCCCGAGGGCGGGUUCUAUCGAAUGAAAAAUAGUGGCUACCUAUACCAUAAAAACUUUGAGCAUGGAAUUCUUGCUACAACUUAUGUUAUGGAGGACCCUUUGGUGAUCAAAAGUAUGAAGUCACCCAGAGGGGACCGCUGGAUGGGUCUUUGUGGAAUAUGUUACAGGUGGAUUGAUCUCAACCACCGAGCCUCUCAAGGAUGGGGGACAUGGUUUCAUCACUAUGUUAGCUGCAACAAAGAGUACGAGGAGUUAAAACUAGCCGUUCAAAGAACCGGGGCCAGAGUGGAGAUUGUGGAGCUUGAGUACUGUCCUUUUGUGUGUUCAUCAGAAUAA